AUGCCUUUAUCCAGUUCUCUAUUUUCCACGUGGUUAAUCUGCCAACUUGCUGAUGAUAACUACUUUGCUGAGCAGUCACUGUGGCAGAUGGAGAAUGAAAACGCAAAGGUCUUGAAUGCUAAAGGAGAACUUAGUGAUGAAAAUGUGAAUGCAUAUGAAAAGCUAAGGAAGUCGUUUGACCACUUAUUCCGUGGUGUCUCCUCUUUAGCCGAAGCACUUGAAAUGCAACCUCCUGUAAUGCCGGAAGAUGGUCACACUAGGGUUACGACUGGAGAAGAUUCAUCAUUUCUUGCUUCUGGAAAAGAAUCUUCUGCUCUUGAACCUAUAUGGGAUGAUGAAGAUACAAGGGCCUUUUAUGAAUGUUUACCUGAUCUCAGAGCAUUUGUUCCAGCUGUAUUACUGGGAGAAGUUGAACCAAAGCUGAAUGAGCAAUCUGCGAAGACACAAGAGCAACAAACUGAAUCGGUGCCAGAGCCAGACCAGAGUCAAAUGGUGGUACAAGACAAUGUAGAGGCCUCUGCCGAUUCUGAAUUUUCACAGGAUGGAAAAGCAGAUGAAAAAGGUAAGGACAAAGAGGAUAAAGAAAAAGAAAAGAUUAGCGACUCUGACAAGGAGAAAGCAAAGGAAAAAGAUGCUGAAAGAAAAGGAGAAGCUGAGAAGGAGAAGCUGAAAAGUCUUGAUGGAACGAAUUUGGAUGGUUUGUUGCAGAGGCUUCCUGGCUGCGUGAGCCGGAACCUUAUUGAUCAGUUGACUGUAACCACCUUAGUUGCACAAACUGUCUAA